CAGCACCCAUUCUGCUGGUUUUCUGUCUGAGAGCUGAGCACCAUGCCCGAGCCCGCCAAGUCGGCGCCCGCCCCGAAGAAGGGCUCCAAGAAGGCGGUGACCAAGGCGCAGAAGAAGGACGGCAAGAAGCGCAAGCGCAGCCGCAAGGAGAGCUACUCGGUGUACGUGUACAAGGUGCUCAAGCAGGUGCACCCCGACACCGGCAUCUCGUCCAAGGCCAUGGGCAUCAUGAACUCGUUCGUCAACGACAUCUUCGAGCGCAUCGCGGGCGAGGCGUCGCGCCUGGCGCAUUACAACAAGCGCUCGACCAUCACGUCCCGCGAGAUCCAGACGGCCGUGCGCCUGCUGCUGCCCGGCGAGCUGGCCAAGCACGCCGUGUCCGAGGGCACCAAGGCCGUCACCAAGUACACCAGCUCCAAGUAGACGCGCGCGCACGCGGCCUCACUCCUGACCCAAAGGCUCUUUUCAGAGCCACCCACACCUUCGCAUAAAGAGCUCUAGUGCGGGCCACUUUUCUCAUCUCUAAGGAAACUCCUUGCAGGUAUGUUGGGGCAAAUUGGAUAUAUAGAGGUCGUGUGCUUUCUAAGUUAUUGUUCGGGCUGGUGUGAUUAGGUCUGGUUUCUGGCAUGUAAGGAAUUGGGCCAAGGCUAUGGAACUAAAAGAGGGUCCUUGGAGAGUACCUCAAACCUCUAGCCGUGUGGUAGGCAAUUUAGACUUGGAAGAUUAAAUAGGUAUUAAAGGAGGAAGGAGAUGAGAAGGAAACCUGAGACAGGCCAAAAACAAGGCCUGUUUGUUGUGGGUAAUGUCUUUGGCUUUUGCAGUCUUCCCUUAACAAGCUGAGAAUCAACAAUGCUGUUUCAGCUGCGGAAUUUUAAUAUGGCCUCCAUUAACAAGUGCACAGAUACCUGAAAC